GGGUAAUAGCCGGACCCUCUAAUGCGUGAAGGCAAUAUCCCAGAGCUCGGACCUGUCAUCUGCCUCUCUCUGCCAAGCCGGCGACCAGUUCGUAAGCUUUGGUGAACCAAGCCCCAGCCAUGGGUAAGGAGAAGGUCCACAUAAACAUCGUGGUGGUGGGUCACGUAGACUCUGGUAAAUCCACCACCACUGGCCACCUGAUUUACAAAUGCGGUGGUAUUGACAAGCGUACCAUUGAGAAGUUCGAGAAAGAGUCCACUGAGAUGGGCAAAGGCUCCUUCAAGUAUGCUUGGGUGCUGGAUAAGCUGAAGGCCGAACGUGAGCGUGGUAUCACCAUCGACAUUGCACUCUGGAAGUUCGAGACAAAGAGGUUCUAUGUUACUAUCAUCGACGCCCCUGGUCAUCGUGAUUUCAUCAAGAAUAUGAUCACGGGAACAUCCCAGGCAGAUUGUGCUGUCCUGAUAGUUGCUGCCGGAACUGGAGAGUUCGAAGCUGGUAUCUCAAAGCACGGACAGACCCGUGAACACGUGCUGCUGUGCUUCACCCUAGGUGUCAAGCAACUCAUUGUUGCUGUCAACAAGAUGGACAGCACAGAGCCAAAGUUCUCUGAGUCUCGUUUUGAGGAAAUCAAAAAGGAAGUAGGAAAUUAUGUGAAGAAGGUUGGCUACAACCCUGCAAUUGUUCCCAUUCUUCCUAUUUCUGGCUUUAAUGGUGACAACAUGUUGGAGACAUCAGAUAAUAUGCCCUGGUGGAAGUCAAAGAAGAUAGAGCGCAAGAACGGCUCCUACGAGUACACCACAUUGUUCGACGCUCUUGACAACAUUGAUCCCCCAUCCCGGCCCAUGGAGAAGCCCCUGCGUCUUCCCCUCCAGGAUGUCUACAAAAUUGGUGGCAUUGGAACGGUACCUGUGGGUCGUGUUGAGACUGGUAUACUUAAGCCCGGCAUGGUAAUUACCUUCGCCCCCACUGGCCCCACCACUGAGGUGAAGUCUGUAGAGAUGCACCACGAAGCCCUGAUUGAAGCUGUACCCGGCGACAACGUUGGCUUCAACGUAAAGAACGUGUCCGUUAAAGACCUGAAGCGUGGUUUUGUGGCAUCCGACUCAAAGAAUGAUCCUGCCAAGGAAGCUUCCGAUUUCACUGCCCAGGUGAUCGUCUUGAACCAUCCUGGUCAGAUCAAUGCUGGAUACACCCCUGUGCUUGACUGCCAUACUGCUCACAUCGCUUGCAAAUUUUACGAGCUACUGGAAAAGAUUGAUAGGCGUACUGGUAAGGUCCUAGAAAGCUCCCCCAAAAGCAUAAAGUCAGGAGAUUCUUGCGUUGUGAAGAUGAUACCAAGCAAACCCAUGUGUGUGGAAACCUUCCAACAAUAUGCUCCUCUUGGACGUUUUGCGGUACGUGACAUGAAGCAGACGGUGGCUGUGGGUGUAAUUAGGGAGGUGACCAAGAAGGAAGGUGGUGGCAAGACCACAAAGGCAGCUGAGAAGGCACUCAAGAAGAAGUAACUAUCUGUGGACGGCCAUCUGGGCCUGGUGAGUGCAGCGGGCACCAUGAGCUCUCUGCUUGGUUCACGCAAUACUCGUAUAUGCCACAGGAAAGUUGUCAGGAGGAAAGAUGCCCAGCAAAAUAGGGUGAUUAUUAUAAUUUCUUGCUGUGCCAUGUGGCAUAUAUGAACAAACAUCACUGAUAACAAACACCAACAUCGAUUAAAUUUCCGGCACU